GAAAUUCUAUUAUAACAUAACAAGUGAUAAAAUUAAAUUUUAUGCGAUAAUGAGUACCGAAACGUGUAUUAAUAGUAAUGAUAGCAAUAAUAAUAACUGUAUUAUUAAUGCGGAUAAUAGUAAUGACAAAUCAAGUAUUCGGCAAUUCUAUGCCAAUAAGUCGGUGUUUAUUACGGGCGCCUCCGGUUUCAUCGGAAAGAUACUACUACUAAAACUACUGGUUUCGUGUCCAGACAUCGGGCAAAUCUAUGUGUUAAUGCGGCCCAAAAACGACGUGUCUAGCAAUAAGCGACUGUCGGCUAUGCUAUCGGCGGUUCCCUUCCAGUACGCGCUCAACGACGACGACCCGCGCAAGAAAAAGGUUGUGCCCAUUGAGGGCGACAUCACUCGUCCGGGUCUGGGCUUUAGCGACGCCGACCGGGCGCUGGUCACCGACACCGUGUCCGUAGUGUUUCAUUGCGCCGCCUCUAUCAAGUUUGACGCCCCUCUC